UGGACCAAACCCAAAAUCUCAAGUGUGUUUUGCUAAUCCUCGGUUCUCUCCCAUAAAGGAGCCUCCUUUUACCCACUUCGCUCCCCUCUCCUCUUCUGAAUACUCGUUGAAAUGGGAAACAGGGGACUCGAGCCUCCUUUUACCCACUUCGCUCCCCUCUCCUCUUCUGAAUACUCGUUGAAAUGGGAAACAGGGGACUCCCCUACUUCUUCUUACUCCUCCUCUUGCUCCUCUUUGCUCCCCUUAGCUGUUCCCAAAGCUGCGACUCGAUCGAUUUGACUGCGCUCCAGGGCUUUGUGGAGGGGCUCCAAUCGAGUGAUCUUGGGUGGAGCUUUAUUGGGUCGUCUCCUUCAAAUUGCUGUACUUGGGUUGGAAUAUCCUGUGAUUUGGGCUCUGUUUCGGUGGAGAGGGUGAUUGGUUUGGAUCUCUCCAAUAAGAGUUUAAAGGGCUCCGUCUCUUCUUCUCUGGGUGGUUUAGACCAACUGAAGCAGCUCAAUCUCUCCAACAAUUCCCUUUUGAGGAAUAACUCUCUUACGGGAAUUAUCGAUCAUAACUUUACGGCCUUGCCGAGGUUAAAGCACCUUAUCCUCGGAUGGAAUUUCUUGUCCGGUCGUAUCCCUCCCGAUCUUCCCAAUUGCUUGCAGAUGCAGACCUUAAAUCUUGCUGGGAACAAUCUCGUUGGCGAAAUACCCCCUAGCUUCAAGAACUUCACCUCUCUAGCCAUUCUCUGGCUCUCCGGUAACAACUUUUCCAACUUAUUCUCGGCACUACAAGUCCUGCAGAGCUUGCCCAGUCUUACACACCUUGCGCUCGGCAAGAACUUUCGCGGUGGCGAGAUAAUGCCGUCGGAUGGGAUUCAAGGAUUUGCUAACACGGAACUCCUUUUCAUUGCGAAUUGUGCUCUUUCCGGUUCUAUCCCGCCAUGGCUGGCGAAUUUGACCAAAUUAAAAAUUGUGAUCAUUUCCGGGAACCAUUUAACCGGGACUAUCCCUUCGUGGUUGGGGAAUCUUGAUAAUCUCUUUUACCUGGACAUCUCAAAUAAUUCACUCACUGGAGAAAUUCCUACUAGCUUAACGCGUAUGAAGAGCCUUGCAUACGGUGACUCAUCACAGGAUAUCGGCAUUGUGAUCCAGAGAAAUUCAAGUGGUCGGUUUCUACAAUACAGCAGCUUUCGACCGGCGAUAAUUUUGAGCAAUAAUAAGCUAGUCGGGUCGAUCUUGCCCGAGUUUAACAGCCUUGUGAACCUCCAUGUGCUGGAUUUGAGUUUCAACGAUAUAUCAGGAACUAUACCUGAUUUAUCGGGCAUGUCAAACUUAGAAAGCUUGGAUUUAUCGCACAAUCAUCUCACAGGUGCCAUACCACCAUCUUUGAGUAGAUUGCAUUUCCUUUCCAGCUUCAAUGUGGCCUAUAACAAUUUAUCCGGGCAAAUUCCAACGGGGGGUCAAUUUGAUACACUUAACGAUCCGUCAAUUUAUAUCGGCAAUUAUUAUCUUUGUGGGCCUCCGACUCAAAACAACUGUUCUAAUGAAGAACUAAACCCUAAUCCUAAAAGAGACAACAACAUCGGUAGGGAGGCAACUUGGUCAUAUCUUGCAAUGGGACUUGGAUUUGCCACUGGAUUAUGGGGUGUGUGCGGAAUCCUAAUAUUCAAAAAGUCUUGGAGUGAUGCUUAUUUUCGGAUGAUUAAUAAGUUAUUCGAUAAAACAUAUGUGAUAAUACCAGUAAAUAUGAGAAGGUUGAAUAGAAGAGUACGUGGAUGAUGAUGACCAAAUUCUUCAGGUUAUUAUUUUUCUAGUUUGUAAACUAGUCCUGUUGUAUGGUGUUUCUUUUUUUUUUAUGUUGCAUGGAAUUUGUCAUUGUAAAUCACAACUUGUAUCCUACAUAUGAUGUUUCGCUUAGAACUAAUGUCUACUACAUGUGAGGAGGAAUUAAGUGGGCAGUGUUGCAUAA